GUUUCUAGCUUCAAAAUUAAGCUUCGCAAAAAUGCUUCGUCACGCAAAACUCUCUGCCCGUAUUCCAUUUCGGCACAUGUUUGUGCAGAAAAGAACAGCUAUGCUUCAGUCUGAGAAGCCCUGCGCUAUUUUGGCGGAUAAAAUAGUUCGAGGAGAACACAAGAGCGUAUUUUACACUCAUCCUUCGUACGUAAUGACACGCGAAAAAAUGUAUUAUACAAUUUGGGUAGACAUAGGCAUUUUUUCUCUCUCAUUUUAUGCGCUGAUGUCGUACUUCGCGCUUGCUUAUUUUUUCAAAGCAUAGCUUAGAGUAUAUAGGAUAUUUUCUAUUAUUAUUAUUAUACUUAUUAUCAUUACAUUAGGUCUGGUAUAUUUUGCGACUUUGUCUAAGCUCAGCAAAACGUUUUUUUGUGAAUGGGAAAAGUGAAUUCACUCAGUUGGAUUAUUUAGUAUUU